GGGAUAGCAUACUCAGUUCAUCACUCGUUCAGUUCACAAGUGCAUUCACUUACCAAGAACGCUAAACGUUUACAACGUUCGUUUCAAGUUCAACUCGAAACAAACCAAACUCAAAGUGCCAAGUGCCCCCAUAGUGCCAGUUAAACGGAAAAAUACUCAAAUCAGUGAAGAUGCAUUCUCACGGAUACAACGUUGCCCACAGCAACAACAGCAUCAACGAAAACAAAUACAACAACAUGAAGCUGAUGAAGUCUUCGCCGGUGUACAAGCUGAAGAAGAUCCUGAAGCCGAUCGCCGCUCUGCUCAAGAGCAAGAAGGAAGCCAAGCAAACCAAGAACGCCCAGGAACAGUACUACUACGUUCCGGAACAGAACUUCGUGCCGGAUUACGAUUACGACAACGAUGCCAACGAGCGUUUGGAAGCGCAGCUCUUGUCGGAAAUUGCAGAGUGCCAUGCCAACGCUGCCAUCUUUGUGUACGAGGAUAAUCAGGUUCAAAUCCAACCAGUUGAACCCGAGGAACAGUACGUCCCGGUGCACUUUGCCCGCACCGAGGCCGGUACCUUCUUCUGGACGACGAUGGCCCGCGAAGCCGACAGUGAUCUGAUCCAACCGUGCCACUGCUUCUCCGAUCACCAGGUUCCCCAGCAGGAAUUUUGCGAUAGAUGGGCCCAAGCUUGAACGGUUUUUUUCUGGUCCACAAAAAGCCAACUAACGUGUCAGACUGACAAUACCCGCAACAAAAUCAUGAUCUCUUCCAUCGUUUUAGUAACUAAGCAGUUUACGAAAAAACGGAUAAAGCUUUAAUUAGUUCUCGUAAGGUUGCCAGCUUUAAUUUUAAUUGUGAUAUUAGAAUUUUAAGCAUAAUUGUGAUCCACUGUCUUCCAAUUGUUUAUUUUUAAAAUAUAAAAAAGCAAAAACAAAA